AUGAUUACGAUCGACCUUCCCGAUCACAUGUCACAUUGUCAUCAACUAUCGAAAGAUUUGUUUUGCUGUAAUCAAGACUACGAACCUACCAGGGGCACUCACUGCUACUUUACAGAUGAUGACAAGCCUGCAAGCCAUUUAGUCAUUCGGUCGCUGCAAAUGACGAAAUUCUGGCAAAUUCUUUCAAAUGAAGGAGCUCUAGUAAUUGUUAAAUCUCGUAGUGGCGAUUACCACGUGAUAGAUACAGCAUCGGCAAGUAUAUUCGAAGUGAAGAAUUCAGAACAUAGCAGUCAUGUCGUCCCCAAAUCAUUUUUCUUUUCUAUGGAAACAUCAGAAGAAUUGAGUGAAUUAGCGAGAAGUGGUGAAACUUACGUCAUUUGCCAGUUCUUGAAAGAUAACAAUCAACAUUACCGGUUAGCUGGCGACGAAAAAGGUUCAAUAUGCGGUAAAACGAGAAUCUUGCCAAUAAACGAUCUUGGAGGGGUUAAAUUUUGUGCCAAUCCAGUUUAUCAAGCUGUGAUCCACUACGAUAAAUUUGUUGAACAAGAUGACUAUAAUAAAUUGCGAUGGCAUUUGCAGGUAUCCUAUAAUGACGAUGACGAUGCUGUGGUGUAUCGGCUUGAAGUUACAGAGAUCGACUCAACCGAUCAGCUGGGUAUCAACUGCGAACCAACAGUUAUUGAGGUAUAUAUCGUCGCAAAUCAAGUUCUUAUAAAAUAUACCAUAUUUUUACCGCGUGAAGAUGCAACUUUAAUGUCCGAGCAAAAAGUAUAG